UUUGUUCUACCUAUUUUUCAAUUAUAAAUUCUGACAGAGUAACAGAGACUCUCAUUAAGCUCCAUUAACAUAUUGACUUACACAUCCCUCAGGAUUCAAAUGAAGGAGAACAUGGGACAUGCAACGCAUGUAUGACCAAAGUCACCAAACCCUGUCCAUAACAUGCAAUUGUUCCAUCCCCUUGGGACAGAACAAAAUUUAUAAUAUAAAAGGGAGGCUUCAGGACACAAAAGGCUGGAGGAGGAAAACACCUCUGGAGGAAGAAAACAUCUCUGCCUGCUCAGGACCAGCCAGUGGAUGGCCUCUCCCCUCUCCUGAAGGAAUGCCUCUAGGGGGAACAGCUUAAAAGCAGAAGACUGAAGGGAAGGACUGAGUGACCUUGCAACUGGGAAUAACCCUUGAUGAACCAGUGUGAACAGCACGGACCAAGUUUAACAGUGCCUGCAUCUCCACUUCUGUGCCCCUGCCUGGGUGGUGAUUCAGGGAUCCCUGAUUAGUGAGGUAACAGAAAUAAAUCUAUUCUUUGUAUUCUAGCCCUGACCUGGUGGUUAUCCCAGCUGCCUGCCUGUGCCCACUCCCACAUUUAUCACAGUUGUCAGGAUCUGGAAACAACCAUGUCGUGGCUAGCGAAAAGGUCAAAAAAACCAAAAAAGCUGAAAAAGCUGAAAAAGUCAGGGGCCGGAGAGGCUGUGGUGGUGAAUCCCCAUAUUCCAGGAUGGCCCAGCACCGAGCGCUGGACCCCCGUGGCCACUUUCCUUGCCACGAUGGCUACUCCAGAGACGUGGCCCGAAAUAGACGACGGGGUGGUGGUGAGCCCCCACAGGGUGGAGAUCGCCAUGCGCGGACUGCCCUGGAAAGGGGCAUCCAAGUCUUCCCGCAAGCUGGCGGGGAGGCUGGGCUGGCUCCUGGCCACGGGGCUGAGGGCGCUGGACCGGGAGGUGAUAGCCCUGCAGAGCAAGGUGAGCGAGCUGGAGCUGCUCACCUACGCCCGAGCCCGCGACUGCGAGGCCAUAGCGCUGCAGAGCAAAGUGAGGGAGCUGGAGCUGGUGACCUAUGCCAGAGCGCUGGAGCGCGAGGUCACCGCGCUGCUGGGGAAAGUCAGGGAGCUGGAAAGGGAAGUUGUGACUCUGCGGGCUGCAAAGAUGAUCACACACGAAGUCACCACCACUCAAGCAGAGCAGUGCUAUGAGCAGCAAUGCACUAUACAGCAGCUGGUGUCACCCAGGCAUAAAUAUGUGGAAAAUAAGGUGUUGAUCUCUCAAGUUCGUGCUCCAGCUAUGAAACCUUCACGGGAUCCCAAAGAAUGGGAUGGAAAUGUUUGGGUGUCUGUAGAGCAGGUGACGUGUGCCCUCAUGUGAGGUUUAACUUGGAAAUCCAAGGCAACUGUUCCCCUGUAAUUGGGAGUAACUGAUGCACACUGUGGAACCUUGCAACACUGGUUACUGGAGAACUACAUUCCCCUUCAACAUCAUGAGCUCUGUUCCAAGUUUGAAGGCGUGCGCUGCUGUGACCUGGCUGCAGAACCAGUUGGAGUGGGGGACAUCAUUCAGUAUCUCAAGGACUGCAAAUCACAACCUACUGGUGGUGCGUGUCAGGAGGGGUGGGACACUUGACUCAGAACAUUAUAUGCUUAUUUGUUUACUCCUUUUCCUCUAUGCUUAAGUGCCUCUGUAAAUCUCCCAUCCCACAUCUCCAGCCCUAGCAGCAGUGGUCUCUUGAGCAAGGGGGUGGAAAGUUGGGAGGAAUGGGUUAAAAAGCGGAAGACUGGCGAGGAGGGCUGUAAAUGGCUCAAGUGACCUUGCAGCUGGGAAUAACCCUUGAUAAGCCAGUAUGAGCAGCAGCAGACAGUGAUCUCCUGGCAUGGACUGAGUUUAACAAUGUCUAUAUCUCCUCCGAUGUGCCUCUGCUUUAGGGAGUCCCUGGUUAGCAAGGUAGCAGAAAUAAAUUUACUCUUUGCAUUCUG